AUGAGUUCGGCGCGCGAAGGUGACCCGAUCGAGGAGGAAAGACUGCAGGUGCAGGGUCUCCAAGAGGACAGACUGGAAGGUGACAGGAUGCAAGAAGAAGAGGAAAUUCACGAGGACCGGAUAACAGAGGAGAGCAUCCAAGAUGAAAGAGCCCAGAGUGACAGAGUUGAAGACGACCAAUUGCAAGACGAGCGUCUCCCGAACGAGGGCCUUUCAGACGAGCGCAUGCCAGACGAGCGCAUGCAGGAUGAGCGAAUUCAAAGCUACCCGUCCCCCCAUAUGCCCGAGGAACGAAUUCAAGACAGCGACCGGAUACAAAGCUACCCUUCUCCCUCCACCGAGGCACAGGACACCGGCCCGUACUAUCACGCUGGUCCACGGGACGACACACAACAAGACCACACACAGCCGCCUCCUACACCCCAGCAGCAGCCCUCUCACUCUGCCAGCGUCGAGGAGUUGCAAUUAGCUGCCCAGCUAGGCCAGGACUUGGCGGCAGAGCCCAUGAUGCAUGUCACGGAUCCUGGGAUGAAUGUCGAGGAUCCCGGCCUGCGCAGCAUCAUGCCUCACCCUCACCCUCACCAGGAGCAGCCUCAGCCUCAGCCUCAGCCUCAGCCUCAACCUCAGCACCAGGCUCCUCCUCCGCCGCCCCCUCCUCCUCGCUCCUAUGUGCCUGAGGAGUCCCUCCCCGAGCCUCUCCAGCAACACGUGGCUGUGCCUGUAGCAAUGGACCAUCAUCACCUUGCUCAGUCAUAUGCCCUUGGCGACAGUACGCCCCCAAGAAAGCGAUCCAAGGUCUCUCGCGCUUGCGACGAGUGUCGGAGAAAGAAAGUCAAAUGUGAUGCUCAGUCCGAUUCCGGAGACAACCCAUGCUCCAAUUGCAAGCGCUCUGGCAUCCGCUGCAUGUUCAGUCGUGUUCCUCAGAAACGUGGCCCAAGCAAGGGAUACAUUAAAGAACUUGCCGACAGGAUCAACAGCAUCGAGGGCAAGUUGGAGAUCCAGAGUGAGUCUUUGCCACCCGAUCCAAUGGUACACUGGACAUCUGCGGCAGCACUUAACUCGACAUCAGGUCCUGGUGAGGACGCUACUCGCAAGCGGCCAUUCUCCAGCAUUUCCAGUGCCGACCUAUCUACUCCGGCACCACAGAGACAGGCUACUUGGGGUACGGAACAUCGCCCUCUUCAGCCCAUGACAACGCCAUCGGACCGGUUCCAGUCGUCCCCCUUCACUGCCAACGGCUUGGCUCCUCAGCCCAUGCCUAUCAAGAAUGACAUGCAGCCUCGCCCCCCAGUUGCUCCGAUGGAUGGCCCUGUCACGGAUAUGUCCGAUAUUGACCAGGCUCGAGAUGUAGAUGAUGAGGUGUUCAACGGGUAA